UCUAACAGAACACAUAUUUUUCAAAAAAAAAAAAAAAUCCAACAGAAAAAUCCUCCUGGGUUUUUCUUUUCGGCCGGUUUUCUGGGUUGGAUUGGAUUCGACCUCUGCACCACUCUGCGUUCUGAUUCAUUUGCAUGCUGGUCGUGAAGGCAUUGCGUUCAUAUAACACACGUAAAUCCUCUUCCACGUUUAAAACCAGAGGAUAUUGCCUAAUACAACAGCCAUUGAUUCCAAAUUGUUGUUGCUUCUUCCCAACAUGACAACUUUGACGUGGGUUGUUCCCAGAUUGAGCUGAAGAACGUCUUCGUUCCCGGACCUCGCAGCCAAAACGUUUCUGUUGGACGGCCCGGCGGUUGUUGGAAGAGCUAAAAGGGCUGGUGGGCCGUCGAAACGUUCCUGUUUGGUUUGGCGGGAAAAGGAUGAAAUGAAAAGGUGGGAUGGUGAUUUGGGAAGGGAUGCAAAUGAGAAGAGCCAGUUAUGCGGUUUUCGUGAUUCUGCUCUGUGCAUUGGUCAUUGGGGCCUCAGAGGGCGUCAGGAGAACCAAAGAAACGUUUUAUGGAGGUGAUUGGGUUUCGCAUGAGGAGGAGAUAGAUGAAGAUAUGGCGGAGCAGGUAUGGUACCAUUGCAGGAAAGAAUUAAUAGGCGGGACAGAUGGGGUGGAAGAUCUUGACUUGUAUAUUCCACAGGAAGCAGCCAGUGACUCGGAAACAGUGUUCUUUUCAAAAAGCAACAUACACGAUGCGAUUUUAGUUCUUCCUCCUGAUGUGAAACAAACACUUGUUGAUUGUUUAAGAAAGAAAGGCAUUGUGUUUCAUGCUCCUGGCAAAAGGGAUACCGGCAACAACUGGUUGAUCAACCACUUUGAGUGGCUUUUAACUUCGGAUAUUGCUCCUAGAAGAUAUUUGGCCAGUGGUUCCCCCAAGUCAAAAGCACCAGCCGCUGCUCCAUCUCUAGCUCCAGGUCCUGCUUCUAAGUUGUCUAGCGGUCGAGCACCUCCACGUUCAGUUCUAUCUCCAAGCCCUACAGAUGAGUCAGAUAACAAUGAAGCACCAGCACCUUCACCUUCACCUCCUAAACAAAGUGGGAAGGGAAGUCCACCUCCCAAACCAAGUGGGAAAGUAGCUGCUUCAAGUCCACCAGCAAAACCUGCCAAAACAAAAAGUCCACCAGCAAAACCAGCCAAAACAAAUGGUCCACCAUCAAAGGAUGGCAGUAUGAGUAUGAUCAGAAUAAUUGGUAUUGCUGUUGCUGCAGUAGUGAUAAUUUUGCUUGUUGUACUGCCGAUCUGCUGCUGCUGUCUAAAGAAAAGAAGAAGGAGAAGAAAAGUUAAUCCGAGAAGUGUACCAAAGGAUGACAGGCCUCUUCUCUAUAUAUCUUCUUCUGGUUCUUCACAAAUAUCCAAUAGUUUAGGUUCAAGUACCAGAGAGUUCAACGCUGGUGGAAAGUUGGGAAAUUUGCCUAUGAAAAAUGAAAAAGGAAAUGAUUCUUCUGAGGCAAAGUCAGAAGGUACAGCAGGACCACCAAACCCUCCUGUACCACCUCCUCCAGGAAAAGCAGCUCCUCCGCCUCCUGGACCACCACCACCGCCUCCUCUUCGUCCUCGCCCGCCACCAGUACCUCCCAAAAAUGCACCUAAACCAAUGGCUGGUAAGACCCAAAUUCCACCUAAAGGACAUCUCAAAGCAAACAGUGGCGAUAAUGCUGAUGCUGGAAGUGAAUCUGGAAAGACCAAGUUAAAACCAUUCUUCUGGGAUAAGGUUAAUGCCAACCCUGAUCAAUCGAUGGUCUGGCAUGAGCUCAAAGAAGGAUCAUUCCAGUUCAAUGAGGAGAAGAUAGAGUCUCUAUUUGGUUAUACAAAGAGCCAAAAUGAGCGCAAAAAGGUUUCACCAUCGGAACCUGCAAUCCAGUUUAUCCAAAUUAUUGACAAAAAGAAAGCACAAAAUCUAUCAAUUCUUCUGCGAGCAUUGAAUGUGACAACAGAAGAAGUUGCUGAGGCCCUCCGAGAAGGCAACGAGCUUCCUGUGGAGCUCCUCCAAACCCUGUUGAAGAUGGCACCAACUUCAGAAGAGGAACUGAAGCUUAGGUUAUACACAGGUGAUCUUGCUCUACUAGGCCCUGCAGAGCGGUUCCUCAAAGUCAUGGUUGAGAUACCAUUUGCUUUUAAGCGGAUGGAGGCACUGCUCUUCAUGUGUUCCUUCAAUGAGGAGGUCUCUAACACUAAAGAAUCCUUUGCAACUUUAGAGGUUGCUUGCAGCAAGCUCAGGAAGAGCAGGCUAUUCCUAAAACUUUUGGAAGCCGUACUAAAAACUGGCAACCGGAUGAAUGACGGUACCUACCGUGGUGGUGCACAAGCAUUUAGGCUUGAUACGCUCUUGAAACUGGCUGAUGUAAAAGGAACUGAUGGCAAGACCACACUCUUGCACUUUGUCGUUCAAGAGAUCAUCCGUUAUGAGGGCAUGAAAGCUGCCCGCAGAGCCAGAGAAUCAAGCCGGAGCAUGACCAACUCCAGUAUGAGUACAGAGGAGUUUGUUGAAGAGGUUGGUGAGGAAUCAGCAGAGCACUAUCGUAACCUUGGUCUUCAGGUUGUCUCAGGUUUAAGCGAUGAACUUCAAGAUGUGAAAAAGGCAGCAGUUGUAGAUGCCGAUAGCUUAACUGCAACAGUUUCAAAUAUUGGCACAAAUCUAAUAAAAGCUCGAGACUUUGUAAACACCGACUUGAAGAAUAAUCUGGAUGAAGACAGCGAGUUCCAUCGUGCACUAGCCAGUUUUCUGGAGCGUGCAGAAGGAGAAACUACAUUUCUUCUAGAAGAAGAAAAGAGGAUAACGACUCUUGUGAAGAGCACGGCAGAUUACUUUCAUGGGAACGCAAUGAAGGAUGAAGGCAUUCGUUUGUUUGCCAUUGUACGUGAUUUCUUGGUAAUACUAAAUAAGGUAUGUGCUGAGAUUAGAAUGCAAGCAAUGAAGCAAGCGAAGACGAAUUCCAGGAAAGAGGCUCUCACACAAGCAAGUCCCAAGAAGGAGGCUCUCACACAAGCAAAUUCAGAAAAGCAGUCAGAAAUGAAUAAGGUACCCACAGAAGCUAGUUCAGAAAAGAAAGAGAAGGUUCCCACUGAAGCAAGUUCAGAAAAGAAAGAGAAGACUCCCACUGAAGCAAGUUCAGAAAAGAAAGAGAAGGCUCCCACAGAAGCAAGUUCAGAAAUGAAAGAGAAGGCUCCUACUGAAGCAAGUUCAGAAAAGAAAGAGAAGGCUCCCACAGAAGCAAGUUCAGAAAAACCGCCAGAAAUUCAACAGCAACAUUCAGAUAUUCGUCGGCGACUCUUUCCAGCAAUUGCAGAACUGCGAAUAGAGGACGAUUUCAGUUCAGAUGAUGAGACUUGAGCCAACUCAUUAGCUGCCAUUUGGAAUAGUGGUAUUCAGGUGGCAUGAUGACCAGAAGUUACCUCCCACAAUUGAUCCAUCUCAGAGUUUCCUAUCCGGCAAGGUGCCAACAAAAUUCAGUUUCGAGAUUUGUUUGUUGUCGAAGAUCAUCUGUUUUGACAAAGACUACAGGCUCAAGAGGGACUCCAAUGAUCCAAAGGCAGAUAUGUUUUUCAACUUUCAAGUAUACAGAAAGACCUGAUGUAAAUGUAAAAUCGGAAACAACACUAACCUAAUUACUGUUUUUGCUA